GAAGGAGAUAGUGGGUUUUGCUGUGUUGUGCAAGAUUUUGCAAAUGCGUGAAGUUUAAGGUUGUCUUGUUUUAGGGUCAUUCCGUCAUUGUUUGUUGAUUGUAAAGCUGGCGUUUUGAUGUCGAAGGGUACAAGAUAUGAUUCAAACAUUGCCUUUGUGGGUACACAGAAAAUGCAAACAGAGGAAUCUUUUUCUUGUCUCUGUAAUAGCCUAAUGCCUAUGCUUCGUCAUCAUUGUCCUCAUCAUCAACCUUCUUCUUGCUUUGGUGAAGGAGGAGAAGAAAUCAGCAGUUUAGGCGCUAUAUACGAUGCUGCCACCGCAUCCACUGCCGCCGCCGUCGCCGCCACCGCCUCUGCUGCCGGUUCAGUAAUGACUUCAAAAUCUCUGCAUCAUCACUUUAGCAGUACUGAGCCGUCCUUUACGUUCAAUCCCCUAGAAGCUGUGAAUGUGAGGGUUCCUUUCACCGCAGCACAAUGGCAAGAGCUGGAGAGACAGACUGCAAUAUUCAAGUACAUAAUGGAUUCUGUUCCUGUCCCUCCUAAACUCCUCAUACCCAUCACCAAAUCCCCAACAAACACGAUAAAAGGGUCUGUGGAAUUGGGGUUUCCGAGCAAUAACUCCACAGAUCCAGAGCCAUGGAGGUGCAGAAGAACAGAUGGGAAGAAAUGGAGGUGCUCAAGAGAUGUGGUUCCCAAUCAGAAAUACUGUGAACGACACUCUCAUAAGAGCCGUUCCCGUUCAAGAAAGCCUGUGGAAUCACCAGCACACUUUCUCAACAACAACGAUGUCAAGUCUCUAACACUCAACAUUUCUGCAUCAAACACCACCAAACCCCAUCAAAAUCCUCACCUCCUAUUAUCCUCCACACCCCAUUUUGACCCACCAAGGUGUUCGGAGCGGUUCUCAAAAGGGGAUUCUAACGUCCCUUUUGCUUGGAAUUCAAACCAAGUGCGGCAGGGGAUGAAGACACAGAGCAGGAGGUAUGGUGAAAAUGAGAGUGAUUUUCAGCUCAAUUUGCAAUCUGCUGGAGGACCAAUAAAUCUCAACCUGACACAUUCAGAAGAGACAAGGGGAUUUAUUGAUGCAUGGUCAAUUGCAGAUGGAGGGGGUUCUGGCUCUGGCACUAAUGGAAUUGCUAGCACCAAGUGCUUUGUUUCCUCAAACCUUAAGCUACCACCAUCAUCCCUCACACUGUCAAUGUCAGGUGGAGAUGCAAUCCGGAAUGACAACAAUGAAAAUGGGCAAAUGGACGGUUUUGAAAACAUGGGUUUGAGACCCCAGUGGAUGAGUUCGCCUUCGCCGCCUGGUGGACCCUUGGCUGAAGCACUGUGCCUCGGCAUUGCAAGUAGUCAAAGCGCCAAUACCCGUAGCUGCAACAAAAGCAUGUAUGGAGACGAUGUCUAAGUACUCAUAUUGACUGAAAGAAGAAUGAGCAAGCAUCAGAGUACUUAGGCUAUUUCAUCCCCCUACUAAUUUGCUUUUAAUGGGGAGAUGAUUUUGUAGUCUUUGAGUUUGAUUUGUAAUUUCUGCCUCCUUAUUUUGGCUGCUUUUACCCUUGUUUGUAUUUUAUCUUCGGAACGGUGGCUUUCUUGU